CUGCUGGUGCGCGCGCGCCACGACGCGCUGCCCGCGCCGCGCGACGAGCGCCUGGCGCCCGCCACGGCCUUCGUGGCGGCGCGGGCGCAGCGCCACCUGGGCGCGCUCACGGCGCUGGGCCCGCGCGUGGCCGGCAGCUACGAGAACGAGGUGGCGGCCGUGGCCGUGCUGCUGCGCGCUGUCAAGGACAUCGCGCGCGCCGCCUCGCCGCACAACACCGUCGAGGUGGACCUGCACCGCGCCAGCGGCGCCUUUCCUCUCUCGUUCUUCGACGGCAUGACCAACGUGUACCGCGACGUGCAGUCGCUGGUGGUCCGCGUGGGCGGCGCGGGCGGCGGGGGCGGCGAUAGUGCGCUGCUGCUCAACUGCCACUUCGACACGGUGCCCGGCAGCCCCGGCGCCAGCGACGACGGGGCGGGCUGCGCCGUGAUGCUGGAGGUGCUCCGCGCGCUGGCGGCCAGCCCGCGGCCGCUGCGGCACCGCGCCGUGUUCCUGUUCAACGGCGCCGAGGAGAACAUCAUGCAGGGCUCGCACGCCUUCAUCACGCAGCACCCGUGGGCGCGCUCCGUGCGGGCCUUCGUCAACAUCGAGGCGUGCGGCGCCGGCGGCCGCGAGGUGCUGUUCCAGGCCGGCCCGCGCCAGCCCUGGAUCAUGGAGGUGUACGCCGCCACCGUGCCGCGCCCCUACGCCUCCUCCGUCGCGCAGGAGCUCUUCGAGAGCGGCACCAUCCCCGCCGACACCGACUUCCGCAUCUUCCGCGACUUCGGCAAGCUCUCCGGCGUGGACCUGGCGUGGAGCACCAACGGCUACGUGUACCACACGCACCUGGACACGGCGGACCGCGUGCCGCUGGGCGCGCUGCAGCACACCGGCGACAACGUGCUGGCGCUCACGCACGGUCUGCUGGCGAGUGAAAAGCUGGAGUUCUCCGGGGACGAGGACGAGGGUCAGCCGGUGUUCUUCGACGUGCUGGGGCUGUUCGUGGUGUGUGUACGGCCGCCGGCGGCCGCGGCUGCGGUGGCGGCCACGCUGCUGCUGCUGCUGCUGCGGACGCGGGCUGACGCCCACGACGCCCGGCGACAGCUGUACGUGCCGGCGUCGGCGUGGCUGCGCGCGCUGGGCGCCAUGGGCGCGCGGCUGGCGCUGGCGGUGGGCGCGGGGCUGGCGGCGGGCGCGGCGCCGGCGCUGCUGCUGCACGCGGCGGGCGCGCGGCUGAGCUACUACUCGCGGCCGUGGCUGCUGGCGCCGCUGUACGCGCUGCCGGCGCUGGGCGCGGCGGCGCUGGCGCUGCGGCGGCUGGCGCGGGCCGUGCGCCUGGGCGGCGCCGCGGCGGGCGGCUGGUGGGCGGCGCGCCUGGCCGCGGCCGCGCUGGCGCUGCUGUGGGCCGCGCUGCUGCUGCUGUGCGCCGCCAAAGGGCUGCGCUCCGGCUUCGUGGCGCUGCACUGGGCGCUGCUGCCCGCGCUGCUGGCGCAGCCCGCGCUCGUGCUGAGGGCCUCGGAGGGCUGCAAGCUGGCGUGGUGGUGCGUGGGGUCGGUGGUGCCGAUGCUGCAGACGUGGUACCUGGCGCUGGGCUCGCUGCACAUGUUCGUGCCCAUCACGGGCCGCGCCGGCACCGCGCCGCUGCCGCCCGACGUGAUGAUGGCGCUGCUGACGGCGGCGCUGUCGCUGGCGGCGUGCUCGUGGCUGCUGCCGCUGCUGCUGGCGGUGCGCGGCGCCGGCACGCUCGCGCGCGCCGCGCUCGCCGUGGGCGCGCUCGCCGUGGCGCUGGUGCUGUGCACCCCGCUGGGCGCGCCGUACUCGGCGACGACCCCGCAGCGGUACAUGGUGUUCCACACGCGGCGCACCACGCACCACGCGCCCGGCAACGUGACGCACGAGGACCUCUACUGGGUGCCGCACCUCGACGCCAACACGCCCAGCUCGCUGAAGGACCACGUGCCGCUGCUGGCGCAGGCGGCGUGGCGCCCGCAGGAGUGCGGCGCGUGGCCGUACUGCGGCGCGCCCUACUGCCUGCCCGUGGCGGCGCUGGUGGCGCGCGGCUACUGGGCCGCGGCCGGCCCGCCGCCGCUGGCCGCCGCCGUGGCGGCGCGCCUGCAGCCGCUGGGCCCGCGCCUGGCCGCGCUGCAUCUGCACAUCACAGGCCCGUCGCACGUGGUGGUGGUGGUGGCGCCGGCCGAGGGCGCCGAGGUGUCGUGGGCCAGCGCGCUGGGCGGCCCGCCGCAGCCGGGCGCGGCCUGGGGCCGGCGCCGCACCUACUUCCUGGCGCUGCACGACGCGCUGCGGCCCCGGGCCUGGAACCUCACGCUGCACAUACAGCACUCGUUCGAGACCCCGCCGGCGGAGUGGGCGGCGCUGUCGGUGGCGGGCCACGGCAUGUCUGCGCCGCGGGCGCCGGAGCACGAGGCGCUGCUGGCCCGCAUGCCCGCCUGGACCGCGCCCUCGGGCUGGCCCGUACACCUGCACCUGCUGCGCGUGUGACUCGCGGCCCUUCCCUAAACUACCGCACUGUUUAGCGUACGUAAACUCCCGAUUCGAAUCCUUACGUGUUUAUAAAUUACACGUUCUAGUCGCACGGUUGUUUCUGUAUGCGCCAGAUGAAUACCGGUCUAACCUCUUGCUGAUAAAUAUGACGUUGUAAGUGAGUAGUGAUGUAGUAUAAUCCGCUGGAAACUUCCAAAGAAGUUAGAUGCACUUAGAAAGAAACAAUAAAUUGUGAUUAUUACAUGAUUGAUAGUGGCGACGUGAGGUUUACUCAUAAUUAAAUAAAAUAACUCGAGGUUUGCGUUAGUCUAUUGUGUCAACACAGCGAUGCCUUAUUUACAUUAAGCAUGUGUUGUACAUGGUGUACAUAAACAUAUCUCUGAAUAUUAAAAUAUAACGUAUGUGCGCGUUUCGGACAGCUGGAGAGCAGCUAUAGUUGUGUUUACCUCAUUCUUAUUCUUAGCUGGGCAAGAUCGUUAAUCCGUUAACAGUUAAUUGACGAAGUUCAUAUUUCCAGUAACGGAUGAAUUAUACUUUAAAGAUUGUUAACGAACUCAUUAAUUUCCAUUAAUUAAUGGUGCGGCCUUCCUUGCAGGAUAUAUACGUAUUAGUAAACAUGUUCAUUAGAUGUAAUAUCGAUGUACCUUUACGUGCUGUAGUCGAACGUCCUUGUUCGAUGGCCAAAGAUGUUUUACACGCAAGCGAGCCUCCCGCCCACGCGAAUAUGUUGAUAAUUAUGAAGGGAAAUAUUUAUUUUCAGUCAGAUAAGAAGUCACAUAUGAAGAUAGGCGAAUGACUGUAUUAAUUUAUAAUUUUGUUUAGAAAUAUUGUAAUAUAAAAAUUAUAAGUUAUAAAGUUAAGUUUAUCACUAUUAAUUACAAUCCGUAAAUAAAUAUCAAUUUAUUUAAAAAAUAUAUUACGAACUCUAAUGAAAACCCCUUCUUGUAUUAUUUUAUCAAGUCUGGCGUAAAUUAAUACUUAAUAAUCAUUAACGUUAAGUUGCGUUAAAUCUUCCAAAGUUAACUAACUCUUUUAUUAACGGAUUAGCGAUUAACAAAGCUACUUGAUUAACGGUGCCCAGCUUUUUCAUAAAAAUGAUAUAUAGUUAUUAAUGUUAUUAUAUAGUAGUGCGUGCGCGGUAUGACGGCGCACCGUGUGUGAGGCUACAGCCUCGAGUUGACAUGUACGUGUAGGUAUAGCGCCGCACUUCGCGACACUUGUGGGGUCCAUUUUUUGGACCUGACGAAAGUUGUGACAGUAGUUAAGUAUUAUUAUACAAUAUAAUAAAUACAUCACUCAAAGAGUCUUAAAUCAGGGCAUACACAAAAGUCAAUUUAAAUGGCGACAGUAACUUAGCGAGCGCGAUAUCGCUGUAGACAAACAAUGGUGUUUGCCGUUUUAACCCCCAAAAAAUAGUUUUAAACUGUUGAAAACUCGCCUACAACGAUAAAAGAAGUCUGUCUUAAACUUCAUUUUGGGAAAUUUUUGGUCACCUGACGUCAUGUUUCGUUUUAAUUAGUUUAUAGAAUAUCAAUAGAAAGUACCCACGACGGACCAACUAGAACUAAACACGCGAAGUAUAUUAUUAUCAAUAACAGUAUAUUACACAUUCAAAAAUUCUUUACGAGUGUAAAGCUCACUUGUGCCUUUGACGUAAUUACACAUUAUUGGAAGGAUCUGGGAAUAUAAAACAGACAUCGUUUUAAGGUUGGGGCAUUAGUUCUAUAAGGAAAAACAUAUCGUUAAGUAGGUAGCUACAAUCCCUUUUAAUUUUUAUUUAACCAAAGCGCAAGAUCAGGCUUCAGACAAGGCAGAUUGUUUUGUAUUAAUGUUUUCUUAGGUAAAUACUUGGGUAAAUACCCAAUAACAUAUAUUAGACAAUUUAUGUUUAUAAGAAAAAAUAAUACUAUUAUUAUAAUGUGAUGUCGUUCUGCUAUUUUAUGUGUGUUGUAUUUAGAAACUUAUGGCAGACUAUCGUGUCGAUGAAUUUUCGAACAGUAAGAAAUGUUUCGUAGUACUCCGUCCGGCGUGCACUGCACGGUCAGUUCCGCGGUACAUGUCAGCGCUAAUACAACAAUAGGCCUUACCAAGUGACAAGUUACAUUAUGCAUAAGAGCAUAUUAUGCCGUUUUAUUUUCUGUGAUGUAACCAACGCUUUUUUGUUACGUUAUGUAAUAAAAAAAUAAAUCGUUACAAU